UGCCGGGGAAUUGAUUUAACUCAUUUAUUUUUCUUUCAGGACCAAAAAAAAAAAAAAAAAAGAUAGCACCACCGAAUCAGCCUCUGAAGAAGUCACCAUCGCAGAUCUGAAUCAUGGAUGAGAUUCAAGCGCCCCAGCCACCAAAGCCCUGUAUGAUCUGUGGAUAUGUGGGACACCUAACUUCCCGAUGUCCUACACUUUAUGAGGAUGACCAACCAAUGCAUACAUUUGGAGGAUUCAAUGACCAACCAGUUCAUGCAUAUGGAGGAUACUAUGAACAGCCAAGACAUGAUCCCUACCAUGACACAUACAAUCCAUAUUGGGGAGGCCAACUGAACUAUGGCUACGCUGAGGCUAAUGACUACCAGGACUAUCAAGGAUAUCAAUCCCAAACAGCACCUCCAAGUUCCAAUAUGCACCUUGAUGAAGAUAAGAUGAGGACAUUGGCAGUUACUUUGCAAAGUAUGCAACAACAAAUGGAUUAAAUGGCCAUCUGAUUGAAUGCACUCAUGUUAAGAAGAGAGCAAGAACUUCAAGAUGUGGACGAUGAAGAUGAAAGUUGGCA